CACACUAACACCCAUUCGCUCUCAGUCUCUCUCUCCUUUCUGACGAGGGAACAUGUUGCCUAGGAGCAGCAGGAGCAGUGUGCUACACGUGGAGACAGCCUCCUCUCUCUGUGUCUGACUGUAGUAAACCAGGGACAGGAGGAAGAAAGAAGGGUUGGCAAUCCGUUUCGGACCUGUCUCUUUUUUCUGUGUCUGACCAGACUCAUUGAGGAAGAGGAGGAGGAGAAGAAAGAUAGGAAAAGGAUCAGCACGCAGAGGGAUUCAGGAUUUGAUUGUGACUGUGAGUCUGUCCAAACUCACAGAGGUGGACUAGCGAGAGGAAGAAGAGGAGGAGGAAGAGCAGGAGGAGAAGAGCCAGGAUUCGUUUGUUUAUCUGACAAAACUCCCCAAAGAGGAAGAAGAGGAGAGAGCCUCCUCGGAGGACCUAUAGGCUACUGUUCGACGUCCAUUUGGGACAACUGGGGUAGUGGGUUUGGACCGGGACUUGGCACACCCCCCGAAGUUGCUACCAUGUGGCAGGAGGCCUUACGGACACGGGGGCGCUACCUUCUGGAACGUGGGGGAGAGGGGGGAGACGGGGGAGACGCCCUGGGGGAUGUGUUUGUAGGUUUUGGGGAGACCCCGACACAGGGACAGGUGUGUGUGGGGGGACAGAAGACCCAGGACUGGCUGUAUGAGUCCUACUACCGUAUGAGCCAACAACACCCUCUCAUCGUGUUCCUACUGCUCAUAGUGAUGGGAGCAUGCCUCGCUCUACUGGCCGUGUUCUUUGCCUCCGGACUGAACAUGGAGGACCACCUAGCGUUCCUGAUCACCGUGCCCACCACCCUCUUCCUCUUCCUCUCCAUCUUCAUCCUGGUCUGCAUAGAGUCUGUCUUCAACCGCAUGCUCCGCCUCUUCUCCCUCCUUAUAUGGGCCUGCCUGGUUGCCAUGGGUUACCUCUUCAUGUUCUCCGGGGGGAUCCUCUGUCCUUGGGACCAGGUGUCCUUCUUCCUGUUCAUAGUGUUUGUGGUCUACACCAUGCUGCCGUUCUCCAUGAGAGGAGCAGUCCUAGCCAGUAUCAUCACAUGUUUAUCACACACAAUCACACUCAGUGUGUGUCUGGCGUUUACUGCAGAGGCCUUGGAACCACUGGUGUGGCAGAUCCUGGCUAACAUCAUUAUCUUUACGUGUGGUAACCUGGCUGGAGCGUACCAUAAGCACCUGAUGGACCUGGCCCUCAGACAGACCUACCAGGACACCUGCAACUGCAUCAAGUCCCCCAUCAAACUGGAGUUUGAGAAACACCAGCAGGAAAGAUUACUGUUGUCCCUGCUCCCGGCCCAUAUCGCCCGUGUGAUGAAGGCAGAGAUCAUUCAGAGGUUACAGGGACCAAGGGACAGGGACUUUGGCCGGGCAGAGGGCACCAACAACUUUCACAACCUCUAUGUCCAACGACAUACCAACGUCAGUAUUCUGUAUGCAGACAUCGUAGGGUUCACUAAGCUGGCUGGUGACUGCUCACCCGGAGAACUGGUGCACAUGCUCAAUGAAUUGUUCGGCAAGUUUGACCAGAUCGCCAAGGAGAAUGAGUGUAUGCGUAUAAAGAUCCUGGGUGAUUGUUACUACUGUGUAUCAGGCCUACCAGAGUCUCUCCCCCACCAUGCACGCAACUGUGUCAAGAUGGGACUGGACAUGUGUGAGGCCAUCAAGAAGGUGCGUGAUGCUACUGGUGUGGACAUCAAUAUGCGAGUCGGGGUGCAUUCUGGGAACGUGCUGUGUGGCGUCAUCGGCCUCCAGAAGUGGCAGUACGAUGUCUGGUCACAUGACGUCACUUUAGCCAAUCACAUGGAGGCAGGGGGCGUGCCAGGGCGUGUCCAUAUCUCCUCAGUAACAUUGGAGCAUCUGAAGGGGUCCUAUAAGGUGGAACCAGGGGAGGGACAGAGUAGAGACUUUUACCUGAAGGAACACGGAGUGAUCACUUACCUGGUCAUCAACCCCAAGGCUGAAAGGCGGAGUCCCCACCUGUGCGCGCGUUCUCGUUCCUCUUUGGACGGAGGGAAGAUGAGGGCAUCGGUCAGAAUGACUCGGUACCUGGAGUCCUGGGGGGCGGCCAAACCUUUUGCUAACCUGCACCAUCGAGACAGCAUGACCACUGACAACGGCAAGAUAAACACUACGGAUGUUCCAAUGGGCCAGUAUCACUACCAGAGAAGAGAGAGGACUAAAUCUCAGAAGAGACGGUUUGAAGAGGAACUGGAAGAGAGGAUGAUCAGAACCAUCGACGGCAUCAACUCACAAAAGCAGUGGCUGAAGUCUGAGGACAUCCAGAGGAUCUCACUGUUCUUUCACAACAAGAUUCUGGAGAAGGAGUAUCGAGCCACCACUCUGCCAGCCUUUAAAUACUACGUCACCUGUGCCUGUCUCAUCUUCUGCUGCAUCUUCAUAGUGCAGAUACUGGUCCUGCCCAAAACAGCAGUGUUGGGGAUCUCCUUCGGCAUGUCUUUCCUCCUGUUAGGUCUGAUUUUGGUCAUAUGUUUCUCUAGCCACAUCUUGCAGGGAGGUAAAGGAUCGUGGUGCUCUCUCCCCUGGCUCCCUACUUCCUCACGCAUCAUCAUCGCCAACAAACCCUGGCUCCGAUUGGUCCUCACCAUGACAACCACCACUGUUAUUCUUGUCAUGGCUGUUUUCAACAUGUUCUUCCUGGAAGAUGAGGUUCUGACCACACCCCCUAUCAUGAACCUGACCAAUGACAGCAUGCUCAGCUCCCACAGCUCCACCCACCUCACGGAUGGGAAUAAAUUCUACCUGCCUUAUUUUAUCUACUGUUGUAUCCUGGGUCUGGUGUCGUGUUCUGUGUUCCUGAGGAUCAACUAUGAGCUGAAGAUGGUUGUCAUGUUAGUUGCCAUGGUGAUCUACAACAUCAUCAUCCUCCAGACACAUGCACCCCUGCUGGACGGAUACAGUACUGCACUCUACAGCACACAGACGCUGGACAGGCCAGGCAUUCUAAAGGAUCUGAAGACGAUGGGUUCUGUUUCUCUCUUCAUCUUCUUCAUCACUCUACUGGUGUUAGCACGACAGAAUGAAUAUUACUGUAGGUUGGACUUCCUGUGGAGGGACAAGUUCAAGAGAGAGUGUGAGGAGAUUGAGACCAUGGAGAACCUCAACAGGGUUCUACUGGAGAACGUUCUACCUGCCCACGUUGCAGAACAUUUCCUGGGACGCAACUGGAAGAACGAGGAUCUGUACCACCAGUCGUAUGAGUCAGUGUGUGUGAUGUUCGCCUCCAUCCCAGACUUUAAGGAGUUCUACACAGAGUCAGACGUCAACAAGGAGGGCCUUGAAUGUCUCAGACUCCUCAAUGAGAUCAUCGCUGACUUUGACGAGCUGCUGUCCAAGCCUAAAUUCAGCGGGGUGGAGAAGAUAAAGACUAUUGGCAGCACCUACAUGGCUGCUACUGGGCUCAACGCUACACCUGGACCUGAAUACACACAGGAGCAUGACCGUCAGUACAUGCACAUUGGCACCAUGAUGGAGUUUGCCUUCGCCCUGGUCGGGAAACUAGAUGUCAUCAACAAACACUCCUUCAAUGACUUCAGGCUACGAGUUGGGAUAAACCAUGGUCCGGUGAUUGCAGGGGUGAUCGGAGCUCAAAAGCCUCAGUAUGAUAUCUGGGGGAACAGUGUUAAUGUGGCCAGCCGAAUGGAGAGUACUGGGGUACUGGGGAAAAUACAGGUAACCGAGGAGACGAGUCGUAUCCUGUUGACUCUGGGCUACAUGUGUUCAUGUCGCGGCAUCAUCAACGUGAAGGGGAAGGGAGAGCUCAAGACCUUCUUCGUACACACAGAGAUGACCAGAUCGCUGUCGCAAGGGACUGUGAUGCCUUGAACAUCAUACACUGAGCAAUUCACACACACGUGCGCGCAUGUGCGCACGCACCACCAUACACACUUAAACUGUACAAACACAUGCAUUUACAUACACACAAAUGGACUUGCACACACAUCAGGGCUUGGAACCGGUUCAGGGAACCAAACCGAAAACAACUACAUUUUUCAAGGAACAGAAACGGAACCAGGAACGAAAGUGAUCCAUACUGUUCCAGAACAAAACCGUUAUUUUAAAAGCAUGUUAAGCGGUUAUAAUGUUAUUUGACGUUCCAGGCAUUUUUUGCUAUUCCCACUAAAAAAAACACAACAAAAGCUUUACAAGCGUGAUUCAGAAGAUAGGGAGAGAGGUUUUUUAUUAGCUAUAAAAUAAUAGAUUUAACUUUUUCAAUGCUAGUUAAGGAUACUAUAGGCCUAGUUAUCACGUUUCACGUUGGAUUUAUUAAACUUUACAGAAAGGUAAGACAAGUUUUUAAUUCUGGUGGCACUUUGCACACACAAGCUUGUCAGCUAGCUCAGUUAGCUAGCUAGCUCAAGCUUGUUAGCUAGCUAGCUCAAAGGACAUUCAAUGUUCCUCCAUAGAAGUCGCUCCGCCUAGGUAUAAUUCUGUGGACCUAAUUCAGAUAAUGCAUGUCAUAACAAGAUGCCCAGCGCUUCAAGCCUCCUCAACCCUAUCUUGCUCUCUUCCACCUGCAAAAUUUCAGUCGUAUCUUGUCUGUCCAUCACGCAUGUAAACAACUAGCUUGCCUGCUCUAUCCGCACUGAUUGGAAAAGUAAUUUAACGAGCUAAAUAUAAACAACUGUUGAUUUCACAGGUUAAAAAAGGAACUGAAAGGCACGAUAUCAACCUGUACUUUUUUUUGCUUCGAACCGGUUCAGAACUUUAUUUUGCUGGUCAGAACAGUGGAACGGAACGAAAAAAAUAGAGGUUCUGUUCAGAACGAAACGAUUGGAAAUUAAUUUCGGUUCCAACCCGACACACAUACGUGCAUGCACAAAUACAGCACAUACACACAUACAAGGACUUAUACAAUCACACACACACAAACACAUGCAAAACUGCCUGCUGUAAUAGAACGUAUCUAUCAACAGACUCUUUGUUUACAACAGUAACUCCAGACCACUUCAUCUGAGCCAGACAGAACGGCAGACAGACAACAUUUAGAACAACAGACAGACAGACAGACAGACAGACAGACAGCUGUACAUACAGUAUUACCUGCAUCGUCCCUCCUUAGCUAGACACAGUAGUAGCUGGACUUCAUAGGGUACUGUUGUCACUAGAUGCUGAUCUUAGGUCAGUUUUGCAUCCCCCUCCCCCUAAUGGUUAAGGUUAGGAUGUGUUUAGGAUACGCUGAUCCUAGAUCUAUGUGUAAGGGCAAUUUCUACCUUUAGUGGAUUUCAUUGGCUGCCCGAGCGGUUGAGUGGUGCAGUGCAGAGACAGAUAUUGAGUCUGUGUCAGGAUUCUAGUCGAGCCAUCUUGGCACCAAUAGUCCUUUCACCAUUACAGUACUUUUUAGUCAGAAUAUAAAUAAAAAUUUGGUGUCAACAUGAACAAUAGUUUGCCAAACCUUCUAUCUCUAUGGCUCUGGAGCAGAGUUUCUGUCAAGCAAAGAGCAACAUACGUGGACCUCAAGAGCAGCUGGGAAUCAAGAGCUACUGGACUUUUGUAAGAAAACUCAAAAACGAUAUCAAGAACAGAAGAAUGUUUCCAUGUUUUGACGCCAUAAUUUUCUUGCUCAUUAAAACCCUUUGUAUAUAAGUGAA